GUGAGGAGGAUGAAUCCCCAACUCAUGCUCUUGAUCUUCUUGAACGUCCAAUCAAACACGGUAUAGCUUUUUCUCUCCCUGCUGAAUUUGUAAGGAAAGGAAAAGGAAGAAGAAAGUCUUGCUGUUGUUGUUCUUCGUUUCGAGGAUUGUAAAACGUGUGAAAUAUUGGAUUUGUUGGUAAGGUCUUAACUGACUUAACUUUCACUAGGUGAGCAGGAUUGAUAUUUUCCUCAAAAGUUCCUGCCCUCUGAGGAUCGUACAAUGGAACAACCUUCAAAAAACCCUCAUCACCUAAAAAAGCUGAAAAAGCGGCGCUCGAGUUUGUUUGCCAGCGUGAAGCUGAACACCAGCUUCUCCAAGAGCAUAGAAGAACCAGACGCUACCUUCCCCUUUGCACAGGAGAGCUCUGUGAAAGCAUGGACGUCCAUGGACAACCUGGACACCUCUGCUCCUCAGGCAGUGGUCAUGAAGGAGAACGGGCCAGAGAAGAAAGAAAAACGUGUCGCCAGACAAUCCAACAUAGUCACCAUCAAUGUCGGUGGGAGAGUCUUUCACAUACCAAUCCAUCUGGUUCUCCGCCACCCCAAAACCAGGAUUGGCUCUCUGGCCCUCUGUACCGAUCCUGUGAAGAGGAUGACACUCUGCGACGACUACUCAGUCCGCAAAAAUGAGUUCUUCUUUGACCGGGACCCCACUUUCUUCCACUACAUCUUCCACUUUUACUGCAGCAACGUCAUGUGGGUGAUGGAGAGUCUGUGUCCGCUCAAUUUCGAGGAGGAGAUGAACUUCUGGGGUCUCCGCAUGAGGGACACUCCGAGGUGUUGCCGCAUGCUGUUUGAGGAGAAGGUGGAUGAGAUCAAAGAUGGCCUGAAGGUCAACCAGGAGCUGAUCGACGAGAUCAAGCCGGCCCACAGGGAUGAGGAGGCCGUGUUCAAGACCAUGUUCCUGGGAGGGUUCCGCAAGGCCCUCUGGGACCUGAUGGAGAACCCCUACUCCUCGUUAGCGGCCAAGGGCUUCGCCGUGUUCUCCAGCCUCUUUGUCCUCAUCUCCAUCGUGGCCAUGACCCUCAACACGGUGAAGGAGCUGAGGAAGUACACUAUCUACGGCAAGACCUACAUGGAGUGUGUGGAGAUCGUCUCCAUCGUCUUCUUCACCUUUGAGUACUUCCUGCGGCUUCUCACCACCUGCGACAUCAAACACUUUGUGAAAAGCGGCCUCAACUUUGUGGACCUGUUGGCCGUCAUGCCCUACUUCAUCCAGAUCAUCUUUGAGAUUUUCACAGAUGUUGAUGAUGCCGGUGCCCAGGAGGACCUGAAGACUAUGGCCAGGGUCAGUAAAGUCAGCAAGGUGCUCAAGGUGGUCAAGCUCAUGCGUAUCUUCCGCAUCCUCAAGCUGGCCAAGCAUUCCACAGGCAUGCGGGCGUUUGGCUUCACCAUCCGGCAGUGCAGAGAGCAGGUGUGCUGCCUGUUCCUGUUUAUUAUCAUGGGCAUCUUCACCUUCUCGGCCCUCAUGCACUCUGUGGAGCUGGACCAGCCAGGCACCCCCUUCAGCAGCAUCCCUGACGCCUGGUGGUGGGCUGCGGUGAGCAUCUCCACUGUGGGCUAUGGUGACGUGGUGCCCAUCUCCUAUCUGGGUCGCUGCGUGGCAUUUGGCUGCAUCUCCUUUGGCAUUAUCCUCAACGGCAUGCCCAUCUCAAUCCUCUUCAACAAGUUCUCUGACUACUACGCCAAGCUCAAGGCCCAGGAGUACACCCAGACUAUAGGCCCGGGUGUACGAACCUUCCAGCUCAAGAAACGUCUGCGCCGCAAGUUCGAUGGCUGCUUCGAACCACAGCCGUCGGACAACUCUGAUGAUGAUCAAGACACUGUAUACCAUCCGAGCAGGAGUCAGAGCCAUGUGGGCGCUGAGUGAGACCCUAAUGCCAAUGCCCCUUAAAUGCCUUUCUCGCCUCAUGCUGGAGACUCUAACACCCCGUCUGCCUCUGACUGUAUUCUAAGCCGGGAUGUAGGACAGUAAACAUUGGGCAAA